AUGCCCUGUAUAUUUCUCGACUGCCAAGACACCAUUUUAAAAGACGUUAAAAAUGCAUUGAAGCUUAUGUCGCACAUCCACUCCUUAUCGAUUUACGACCUCGAUGACAACGAAGAGAGUUUGGGGCCUCACUUUAUACCGCAAGGAGUGUGCAUUAAGCACAUACACAUGUCGAGAACUAGCAUCAGAGAUAUCGCCGACGACACGUUCAUGCCACUGAGGAAGUGCCUUGAAACAUUAAGCAUCGUGUCGAGCAAGAUAAAGUUUAUGCCACAAAAAGUUUUCUCCGGCCUCCUUAAGCUCAUAUCCGUGGACCUAACUUUUAAUUAUAUCGAAGAUAUACCCAGCUAUAACUUCUACGGUCUUCCGCUAAUGAAAUUGAAUAUGAAAGGAAACAUGAUACGUGAUAUAUCGGAAUCAGCUUUUUCUAGUUUAGAACUUUCUCUCUCGGAAAUUGAUUUGAGCGAAAACAACCUCACAACAUUCCCAAUCGCGGCGUUGGCGAAGUUGAGACAUCUGCGCUCCUUGAGCCUUUGUAUUUCAGACAACCCUUUAAUAUGCAACUGUGAGAGAGACAAUACAUGGGUUUGGAUACAAGAUCACCCAAAAAUAAUAAAAUCUAAAGCUGUAACGUGUGUUCAUAACGAAUAUCCUAAAGAAAAGUGCGACGUCCCAAUAAUAUCUCAGCUGUCUGUCGACAAACAUAAGGAUAACUCCGUAUCCGUCUCGUGGUUUAUCAGAAAUCGUACCGCCAUAAAAGCACUACAAAUAAUUUAUUACAGCGAAGAUAUUCAAUCUGAUGUUAAAUCAAAAUACUUAGAGAAAACUGAAGUGUCCUUUCACAUAUCAGAUCUUACACCAAACGUUAACUAUGUGGUGUGCGUCAUUACACUACACGAUGAGCCUCCUCUUCUCGACUUCGAAAUAAAGUCCGAGUUGAACGGGACAAAUGUGGACACCAACCUCACCGCCAGACUCACGCAGGACGUCGCUGAGGCCAUCCUCAUGCGAUCUCCUUCCAGCGAAUGCCUCUCCUUCAACACUUUCAGAAAACCAAUCUCAAUAAGAACAAAAACUCGCAAAGUCUUUGACAUUACCUUGAUCCUCAACCGCCGUAUGGGCCUAAUUGUUGGCUGCUCACUGGGCUGCAUUGUAUUCUUUAUAAUGGUCUCCAUUCUUUUAUACACCAAAAUUAAAGAAAGAAAACGUAUUGCGAAAUCAGACCCUAAUUGGUCCGAAAUGAACGACUUUCAUUCCAUUCACAGCAAAGAAGAUAUCAUUCAAGAUUCAACUACUGCGUCUACUGAUAAUAUCUUAUUAGGCAUGGGAAAAAAUAAAAAAUAAAUACUAGACCACUUUUUAAUCCUAUUCUCGACUAGUAUGGUAGUAGUUAUUUAGAUUUAUUUAGAAUUUAGAUUUAUAGAUCGGAUUAUACAAUUUGUAACUAUAAAGAGGAUCAAUCAAUUCUAAAUUUAAUUAUACUCUAUCAGUAGUUGCUUAGCAAGUGCUACAUUCUACUUAUAAUAUAUUGUAGAUUACCUUAUUUCAUAGUAUACACUAGGUACCAAUAGAUAGGUAGUUGAUUAUUAAAAUAUUUUAGUUCUAGAGUAGGAAAUUUUGUCGUUGGCAGUUGAACUUUAUUUGUAUAACUUAUUUGUUGACAUACAAUGUUUAAUAGACUGUUAUUCUAGUCACAA